AUGAGACAUUUGUAUUUCAUAUUCGAGUUUACUGGGUUCCUUAUUGGUUUUCCAAUCGGUCUUCUACUGGGUUUCUUCAUAUUCAUAUUCUCAUCUAAGCCCAAAGAUGUGAAGGAUCCAGAUAGAAAAUCACUUAAUGACUGUGAUCCGAACUCUCUGGUUGAUCUUUUCUCAGAGAUUCCUCCAUGGGUGAAGCACCCUGAUUUUGAAAGAAUUGACUGGUUGAACAAGGCUUUACAUGAUAUGUGGCCUUACCUUGAUAAGGGAAUAUGCAAGAUUAUCAGAAACACAGCAGAGUCAAUUUUUGCAGAGUACACUGGAAAAUAUCUGAUAAAUUCCAUAGGAUUUCAGAGCUUGAAUCUUGGAAGUCUUCCUCCUACAAUCUAUGGUAUCAGGGUGCAUGAAACAAAUGAAAACGAACUCGUAGUUGAACCUGCUAUUAGAUGGGCAGGAAUUCCACACAUAACUGUUGUGGCAAAAAUACUGUCGGCUCGGCUUAUAGUUCAGCUGAUGGAUGUCCAAGUAUUUACAACGCCAAGGAUAAUCUUAAGGCCUCUUGUACCAACAUUCCCAUGUUUUGGAAACAUAACAUUGACUUUGAUAGACAAGCCAUAUGUGGACUUUGGACUCAGAGUACUGGGAGCGGAUGUUAUGGCAGUCCCCGGAUUUUAUCAAUUUGUUCAGGACUAUAUAAGAAAACAAGUUGCUAGCCUUUAUUUAUGGCCCCAAACUUUGAACAUACCAAUUCUUCAGGAUUCAUUAUCAGGAACUAUAAAGAAGCCUGUAGGCAUAUUGGAUGUCAAGGUUUUAAGAGCCAAGAAACUCUUGAAGAUGGACAUCAUUGGAACAUCUGAUCCUUAUGUUAAAAUCGAACUAACCGGGGACAGGCUUCCACCCAAGAAAACUAGCAUCAAAAUGAGAAAUUUGAACCCUGAGUGGAAUGAGGAUUUCAAGCUUACAGUUAAAGAUCCGGAGUCCCAAUUCAUUCAGUUUCAUGUCUUCGACUGGGAUCAGAUUGGGGCACAUGAUUCUAUCGGAUUGCAAAUCCUUCCAUUGAAGUCGCUAAGCCCAGAUAAUACACAAGAAUUUACACUUGAUUUGGUGAAGAACACAAACCCUUAUGAUCCUCAAAACAAGAAAAGAAGAGGCCAACUUGUGGUGCAGUUGACAUAUAGUCCUUUUAUAGAAGAGAGCGGUAGUGGAAGACAUAACAGUGGACCUUCGAAUGGAGAUCGAAUGGUAGAUAGGAAGAAGCUUGGAAUUAAGAGCCGAAAGCGAUUCAUGUCAUUUGACAUGUCUUCACAAUUAGAUGCAGCUGGUCUGCUUUUGGUUACAGUUCAAGGAGCAGAAGAACUCGAGAGCAAGCUUUAUGAGAACCCUAAUCCUUACGUACUGGUUCGAUUUUCAGGAGAAAAGAGGAAAACCAAGAUGAUAAAGAAAACCCAUCGGCCAUAUUGGAAUGAAGAAUUUCAGUUUGUGGUAGAAGAGGCAACUCUGAAGGAGAAGAUCCGUUUUGAAGUAAAGAGUAAGAAAAGAAACCUCUUCGCCUAUCGUUUCAGAAGAAAGGAACUGCUGGGGUACAUUGACAUCAAUUUCAGUGAUGUUGUAUACAAUGGACGCAUCAGAGGCCAGUACAACUUGAUCAACUCCAAAAAUGGUGUUUUACACGUCGAGUUGCACUGGAGUACCACAUGA